GUCCCUUCCCCCGUCCACUCUUUAUGAUUUUCCUUUCUAUACGUCGAUGCAUUUUCUCGGAUAGGGUGCUAGGGGAGAAGGAUGCUUAACUAUCCUUUGACACUCUUGCUUCUCUCGUUUCAACACCCAUGCGACCGGCUCUUCUUCGACUCUUGAAGAGGCCUUCAGCUCUCCCGGUUCUCGACUCCCUGAUUUCGAGCCCUGUUGGAAUUGAACGAUUGGACUCGGGGCUUCAAAUCGAAUGCCUUCGGUGUCAUUCGCGGAACGAGCGCCCAAGUAAUGACACCCAAAAUGGGGGGCCGAACGACCCCGUCCACAGCAGACUCCGUCCACGAUCGACGAAACCACCCCCGAGCUUUCGCGUCUAUGAAAUCCAGUCGGCGCAGAAGGAGCCGACCCGAUCGAGCGAAUUAAAUGAUCCGGCUGCUACACAUGACACCGAAAACGCGCGGGUUCCCAUCGGAUUGCUGCCGGAAAGACUGGACUACGAGUCGGACAUCGGUCACACGGAUGACAUGGGGACACGAAUGGUCGACGACCAGACGCAUAAGGAUAACUUUCUACUCUGGGAAGAAUUGCUUCGGUACAGGCAACGGCACUAUGGGGAUAAGGGCACGUUGGAUAUAUGGGAGGGUUUGAUGGCCCGCGUGGGUGAUGUUGAAUUGCCGGUGGUCGGCGAAAAGGCCGACCUCUUCUGGCAAAGUUUCGUGGAUGUGGGCCUGAAGCGAGAGCCAAUGUUAAGGGAGCUGGUCUCUUAUUCUCUGGCACUAUUCGAGAAAACGGGCAGACGGUGGCGCAAUCUUUAUGAAAGUGUCGUUGGAGGAUUCAUCAAACGAGGGAUGACGCAGCAAGCUCUGCACUGGCACAAGAAGCUUCAAACCCCCCAUCUAGAUGGCCCCGACGAUGUUCUGCGGGUUCUCGAGCCCGCGAUUGCCCUUUCUAGCCAACAUAAACACCAAAGUGUCACUCCAGGCAAAAUGAAACGGGGCGCUCUGUCUCCCGGGUUCUGGGCGUUCCGAAGUAUUUGCAGUACGACCGACGGCCAUCAAAUCUACGGACGUGUCAUAUCUGCGCUAUUGCGGCAUGGACUUUUCGAGGAUGCACUGUCGAUGCAUAAAUUCCUCAUCCAGAGGGACGAUCAUCCGCAAGACUACGAAGAACUCCAGCCACUGCUGGAUUACGCCAAGGAAAACGGGCCAUGGACAUUUUCCGAGAAACUUCACAGUUACGCAGCGGACCGUUUCCCUGACCAGAGCGAACCAGCGGAAGAGUCUCCGGGUGUUGGCGUCGAGGCUGGACCUGAGGAUAAGCCACUCAAGGAUGACUUCGGCGCGCGACUUUUCGCUACGGGAGCACUGGCUUUUGAGACGAUCGUCUCAGGCCUGCAGAUGUUCGGCGUCUCAGCCAUCGGCCCUCACUCCCUUCGAGAGAUGGCCGUCAGAGCUCAUGGCAGCCAAGAUAUACUCGAGAAGCUUCGUCAGCUGCAGAAUGCAGGAAUCUCCCUUGGAGACUCGGUCUUUGCCCGUCUCCUUCGCAGGCUAGCCACUGAGAAUCGGGAGAUUCUCCUAUCCGACCUGAUCCACAGCGACCAACACCCCGACGUGCUCGAAGAUUCCCACGUGCAAGAAUCGUUAUUAAUAUCCUCCUAUAUGGCCCGCGAGUGGCGCUUGUACCACCUGACGUUGGCGGUUCUGGGUGAGAUUCCCGACGUCCGGUCUGACCUGCCCAGUCUCCAUUUCCGCAAACACAUCGCCGCCGGCGAAUGGUCUCAGGCGUCGAAACUCGUCGACGAGCUGACAUUGCGAGGCCAGACCCUUAGCCAAGAAAGCAUCGAUUUCUUGAUAGCGCAGGUGCUUACCCCGCGCAAACCAGGGGCUCGACCCCCUCAGUCGAGGGGUCUCCCAUCUGACCAGGAAGUGACCUUGGUCUCCCGCAUCCUCCAGCGCGUCGCGUCUACGGGCGUGUCUAUACCCACCGACCUGUGGGUUGAGAUUCUGAAACGGUACGGGAUGACCAACCAUUGGGAUGAGCUCCACGACUGCUGCCUCUGGUUGGCUCGCCACUAUUCCUGUCGCUCUCCGCACGUGGAUACCUCCCGAGUCCCGAUGCUCCCCGAGAGGUCACACUCCGGGGUCCACGCAGGGUCCGGAGCCCACGCAGGGUCCCGGGUCCAGAGCAUCCGGCAGCUGCAGGACAUCUUCGACCGACACAUGCAGGCGGCCAUCGUCGCAUGGGGGUUCCGGAUGCGGAUCUCCACCCAGUCCAAGAAGACAUAUAAUCCGUCGGGCACUCCCGAAGGGGAGCUUGUGCCCUGGGUCCGCGGUGUCGUGCUCCUGCGAGAGCUAGGGGAUAAUGGCGUGGAGCUUCGCCCCGGCUGGAUUCUCCGGGCAUGUCGGCAACGUCUGGCGGUUCUCUACGGAGGAGCCCGCCAUUCCGGCCGGCGCAUGAAUCGAAUGCUCCGGCGCGAGAACCCAUACAGCGUCGAGCGGGUGGUGAACGAUCUCAACCGGGCGUGGGGGGAACCGGCCUUGAUCCAGCAUCGGGGAGGGAAAUCACUCCAGGAACUGGUGAAUCCCCCAUUGUCGAAUGUGUCCCUGCACCGGUCCCAUCGCACCAUGUUGAACCACGCGCGAUACCGUGAGCCGGCAUCUGUCCAUCUCAGGUGAGGAGACUGUAUAUAGUGUAUUAUAUUGGUUGGGGAAUUUAGUGUAUGAAUAUGUAUGUGUGAUUCUCACUAGUUCUAAG